GACAGAAGCAAUGAACCGCUCGCCAUGUGACAUGCAGCAGUGCCCACGGGAUUGGCUGAGCUGAACGAUGUCCUCAGCAAGCUUUCCUCCCUCCCUUCCUCUCUCCCUCCCUCCCUCUCUCCCUCCCUCCUUCUCUCUCUGUCUCUCUCCACUCUGCUUUUUUUCCUGCCCUCUUUUGAGCAUCCUUUGGUGAUCGUGUAGACCACAGCCGCAGUGGCUAGCAGCAGCAUCCAUGGCCUAAACGCGGAGCCCUAAAACAUCCACUGGCCCGUCGUACCAGGGACACGGGGACUUUAAAGCCGAGGCUGGAAGUGUGCUCUGUUUUUUUUUUUUUUACAUCUCUCCAUCUGGUAACCAGGGGCUUCUCUUCUCCCCUCCUCCCGUUUCAGGCUCCUUGGAGAUAGAGGAAUGCAAAUCUGCAAUCAUGAUGGAAGGAUUGAAAAAACGCACCAGGAAGGCCUUCGGGAUACGGAAGAAAGAAAAGGACACUGACUCUACGGGGUCACCAGACAGAGAUGGUGGAGAGCCCCAAGAGACUGAAUUGCCACAGAAAAAGACCAACGGGGCUCCAAAUGGCUUCUACGGGGAGAUUGAUUGGGACAGAUAUAACUCGCCUGAGGUAGAUGAAGAAGGAUAUAGCAUCAGGCCAGAUGAGGAAGAGGAAGCAGCCCCUAAAGAAAAGUCUCACUUUUUCUCCUCUAGUGAGUCUGAAGAAGAGGAGGACCACCGCAAAAAGUUUAAGAUUAAAAUCAGACCGCUGCCAGCAGAAGCUAACAUUACAGCUCCCUCGGUAGAUGAAUUAAAAGCCUCCAUAGGCAACAUAGCUCUGUCUCCCUCGCCUCUGAGGAAUAGUCCGAGACGUAGCCCGGGGCUGGCAAAAAGAAAUCCCGGUGAAGAAAUUGCAAGACCGAGACGAGCUGUUCCAACGCCUGCACCAGCUCCUGCCCCUUCCCCUUCCCCGACACCUGCACCCCCUCCUGAGCCUGCUAGUAAUAAGAAAUCUCCAGUGCCAGAGGAUGCAACAGCCUUAUUCGGCCCUCCGCUGGAGACAGCCUUUGAUGAGCAGAAGACCAGUGAAGUGGUGAUAGAGGAACCUGAGGUUUGGGGUGCACCCCUGCCUGAGCAACACCUAGACUCCUCUCUGGCAAGACCUUUUCCUACAGGAACUCUGCCUCCGCUUCCGCCUAAGAAUGUGCCGACCUCCCCCCCUCCGAUUGAAUCUCCUGCUACAGAACCUACCGAUGGGCAGAAAGAAGAGGAAAAUUCAAGGCAGACCUCGCAGAGGCCCUCUAUAGCUGAUCUAGACAACAUCUUUGGCCCAGAAGACUCUCCAAAACCUGGUCAAGAUGUUGGAGAUAAGUGGGUUUGCUUCAAUGAUGAGUCACCUCAAAGACCUCCUCCUCUUUCAGAGGGAGAGCCAGCACCUCCACUCCCCUCAUCUCCACCUCCCCCAGCAGAACCAGCACCCCCAUUACCUAAAUCACCCCCUCCAUCAGAGGAGCCGAAUCCUCCUUUACCAAAAUAUCCAGCUCCUCCUGCAGAGCCAGCACAUUCUCCUCCUUCCAUUGAGUCGCCAAAGGAUAACCUCCCACCUGUCCCACCUGUUCCCAAAAACACCACUCCUUCUCCUCCAACUGUCCCGCCUCCUCCGGUUGAAGAGGCCCCACCACCACCGAAACCAGAUGAUCUUUCUCACUCCAACACAGACUUUGCGCCAUGUGCUCCUCUGAUAGAGACGCAAUCAGACUCAACCAAUAGCCCGCCAACCACUGUAGAGACAAGUGAACGCACAAUCCCUCCACCCUUGGUUCUGAACCAAGAGGACAAGAAGAGCCCUGAGGAGACCCCAUCAAAAGAGGACCCAAGUGAGAGCAGCGCUUCACCCAAAGAAUUUGGUCAAGGACCACGUUCGACACCUCCUCCUCCUCCACCUCCAACAUACAGGGCGGUAGUGACAUCCCCAGGGCCCAUCCCUCCAGCUGGUACGAGUGGAAAUGAAAGUGGCUCCUCCUCCCCUGCAGUUCCCUCUUCACCAUUGGAUACCAGCAGCUCUCCCCCUCCCCCUCCCCCACCUCGGCCACCCUCACGACCCAAACUGCCACCUGGGAAACCAAGCAUAGGGGACGUGAAUCGGCCGUUCAGCCCCCCUGUACACUCGUCAAGCCCCCCUCCUCUGGCUCCGUUGGCCCGUGCAGAAAGCACCUCUUCAAUCUCCUCCACCAACUCUCUGAGUGCCGCCACCACUCCCACCGUCGGUAAAGAGCUCUCCGUGUCUGUGUCAGAAGAUGACGCAUUUGUAGACAAACUUCCCAGCUUUGAGAGACGGGCAGACAUGCCAGCAGAGACAGACCAGCCCUCCCUCGUGUGGUUUGACAGAGGCAAGUUUUAUUUAACCUUUGAAGGCUGUUCUCGAGGGCCCAGUCCCCUCACCAUGGGGGCCCAGGACACACUGCCUGUGGCUGCAGCUUUCACAGAGACAGUCAGUGCCUACUUCAAAGGAGCUGACCCCGAUAAGUGUGUGGUGAAGAUCACCGGAGAGAUGGUGUUGUCCUUCCCAGCAGGCAUCACACGGCAUUUUGCAAAUAACCCCUCGCCUGCUGUGCUAACAUUCAGCAUAACCAACUACAGUCGUCUGGAACACGUCCUUCCUAACCCUCAGUUACUGUGCUGUGACACCACACAGCCCAAUCCCAACUCAAAGGAGUUCUGGGUGAAUAUGCCAAACCUGAUGACCCAUUUAAAGAAGGUGGCGGAACAGAAACCACAAGCAACUUACUACAAUGUAGACAUGCUGAAAUAUCAGGUGUUACCGAAGGGUCUACAGUCCACUCCUCUAAAUCUAGCAGUGAGCUGGAGGUGUGAGCCCACCAGUACUGAUCUGAGGAUAGACUACAAAUACAACGGGGGUGCCAUGACCACUCCUGUCGCCCUCAACAAUGUUCAGUUCCUCAUCCCUGUGGACGGAGGCGUCAGCAAACUGCAGGCUGUGCUUCCCCCAGCUGCCUGGAAUGCAGAACAGCAGAGAAUCUUAUGGAAGAUUCCAGAUAUUUCUCAGAAGUCUGAGAAUGGAGGUGUGGGAUCUCUGCUGGCCCGUUUCCAGCUAUCAGAGGGUCCCAGUAAACCCGCUCCGGUGGCAGUGCAGUUCACCAGUGAGGGCAGCACUCUGGCAGGCUGUGACAUUGAGCUGGUUGGCCUUGGAUAUCGUUUUUCCCUCGUCAAGAAGAGGUUUGCAGCAGGAAAAUACAUGGCAGACAACUAAACAACACCAUGCAAGUCUGCAUAUUUUGGACCAAUUCUGAAUAUUUAAAACACAGGACAU